AUGGUCCGCUUUGUAGCAGGCGCCUUGAUCGAAUUAACGAGUGGUAAGUACCUCCCUAAAAUCGCAGAUAAAUUUUGUGUAUCAGAUGACUUUCACAUAACUGUCAUGUUUAUAUUAAAUUUAUCUGCAAAAAUGGCGACACAUUCGGAUGCUUUCUGUUUAUAUUAAAGGCGAAACCUGGGGUACGUAAAAGCUUUUAUUAUGCGUGAUUUGAUCGAAAAUUUACAAGCACUUAGUAGAUAUUAUCGUAAUUAUAGAGAGCACAGAAUGUGUAGAAUAUACAUCCAUCUUCUUUGUUGACCUGCGGACUUGGUUGUUAAAGUUUCAAUUGACUAACUUAUUAACAGGUCAGAUAAUAUUUCAAAAUUUGCCUUAUAACUCUUUUCAUAUUUUGGUUGUUUAAAUUUUAGACGAAGUGGUUCCCAGUCUUUUCGAAGGUAAACAUUCGGCAGGUUGAACCUCCUCAUACGCAUACAAUUGGAUGAAGUAAUUUGACAUGAUUGUAGCGCGAAUGUAAUUUUAAUUUAGGAAACGCCAGUCAAAUAGGUAAGCCCUCCACUUGUGAAUCAAGCACCUCAAAGGAUUUUGAAACGGAAAUCUUACUACUCAGUUUCCCAGGAAGCGUUUUAAAUAACGGGCUAUUUUAACGAACUUUUACCUGAAAAUGAUCCGCAAUUUCAUGAAUAUUUAUUUGAAUUUUCUAACAAUUUCAGCAAAGGAGUUUCUUGCUCUUUUGCAAGGUAAGUUUGUUGCCAAAGAAGCGCCUGUUAAACGGGGGUUUGCCAACCACGAUUCUGUUUCCUGCAUAUAAUGAAAGCAAAUUCGUUUUUGCAUUUCUAGGAAAACAGUCUAACCACAGUAAGAUGUUCAGCUUUUUACAGAUUUGGACUUUAUUUUGGACUUCACUUAUUUGUCUACUAGUUAAGGAGUAACAAAAUUCACUUUGGGUUCUUGAGAAUUGGUAAUUUAUACGCCUACACUACCGGAUCUCUACUUGGGCAUUCAUAUUCUACUUUUUUGUGGUGUAGUCUGUGCGCAUGUUAUUUACUGAUUUUCUAAUAAAGAUAUAAGUAAUUUUAUAAAACCACUUGUCGCAAGAUGCUCCCAUUAUAUCAAAACAUUGAAAUGUUAUCGCUCUGUAGCCAGCAUGAAAGAAUUCUUCAAAGGUAAUGUCGUUGUCACAGGGGAUUUACUUUAAAAGGGUGUGCCUUAAAAUUCAUCCAAACUUUGAUUAUUUUAAUUGAAAUAUUCAGAUCAGAUUGACGAAAUGCGUGAGUUGCCAUUUCACUUAAAUACAGCGGCGUAUGGUGAAAUCAUAUCUGAUUUUAUCUGCUUAAUUUUUAUACAGUUGCCGAGCUUCUCAUAUUCUUUGGAGGUAAGUGUAUUUUGGUACUAAUUACUGCUACUGACCUUGUCUGUUCAUCGCAAAUAGAAACUCACAUUUCACCAUUUUUGCUUAAAUUCUAGCAAAGGGGGAUGAUUUGUGUAAGCAAUACUAAUGGACUACAGUGGUUCUGAUAAAUGAACCAAAUUCGAAUCAUCUGUCCUAAUGUUGCCAGUUUUUAUGAAUUUUAAAAUCGUUUUUUUCAUCUUCAGUAACCGUUUCGACCAAUCUUGUAAACGGUAUGGAUGCGGCAAUAUCUUCCGUAAACUACUACAUUUCCUUUUGUUAUGGCCUGUAAAAUUGUCUUCCGUAUCUUGUAGACACUACCCACAAAUUACGUAAGUCCUUCGAUUUCGCGUGCAAAAGCUGUGUUCCCAAUGGCUUGUGCAUGUAGUCAGACGAUCUAGCAUUUUUCCAUGUUUAUGUUCGAUGUGUUCAUGCAAACGACGUGGCGGUUAAUGAGUUAAUCGUUUUUCAGUGACGGUAUUCGCCAGCAACCUAUCAAGUGCGUGACAUUAUUGCACCUCUGAAAUUUUGCAAUUUCCUCGUUUACGGUGUAUGACCAAACUGAAAAACAUUCUGAUCGCUUGUGAUGUGCUUUAGAGCCGGAAGUUGAAGCCAUAUCCGGUAGGCUAUGAAUUUCCUUGACAAUUGUUACCGGCGUCGUAUACAUCUGCCGAUGACUUGUUAAAUAUCAAAUUAUCAUACUACAUUUAUCCGCCAGCCGCUGUUAGUGGCAUCGGUAUGUUGAAACCAGCAUUUACAAUCCUCAUAUUUCCUAUAAUCAUUUAAUAAGCAGGUAGUUCUCUGUUUUUUCAAAAUUUAUCCGGAAAGCUUCUAUGAAUCCAGAUAAAAAUGUCAGUUUGACAAGGAUUCCUACGUCCAUAAGCACUUUAUUUUAACACGUCAAAAUCUAUAAGAAUACAAUUUCCGCGACGAAAACUAGAAAUUCCCUAAAACUAAUGUUGUAGUUUUGAUGGGGACUAAGAGGAAUAUAGCAAACAAAGUAUCGACACAAUCGGUAGAAUAAGAAGCAAAAUUUCCUGAAAAUGUGUGUUUCAUUUUGUUGCGUUAACAUUAUCAUUAAUACGAUUUUCCUUAGGUGGAACGAUUGCGAAGAUAGUAAUAAGUGAGCUAUAGCAGCAUUUCCAUAUGUCAAUGAAUCGCAUCACCCAGUUAGAGUAAAAUAGUUACACAUCAACUAUUUUCACGACCUACCUUAAUUACCUUCCAGAAACAGAGGACUGGCGUAAGCUUGUACACAGAUUAUUCCCAAUUUUAAUGAAACAAUACGCAAUCAGCCCCAUGAAUUGGUUUAUUAUAUAAUUUUUGUUAUCGUCUUUGUGCAUGAACGUUUGCUAAAAAUUAACGCGCCCUAUCUUUCCUCUUGCAGUUAAAAACCUCCUUAACUACCUAAGAAGUCAGUGCAAAUUAUUAAAUGCCUCAUUUAUGCCAUAGUCUCAACACGUUAGCAAAUGUGCUUAACGUACUUGUUUUAAAUGCAGAAGAGAUGGCCCAAUUAGGUAUGUUUAAUGAAAGAAUGUGAUGUUCUUUGCUGUGAGCUUUGCGUUUCGCUGUAGUUUGGAUGUCUUUUUUAAUCGCAAUCUCAGAAAAUACAUCUUUUUCUAUAGUGAAAGUCAUUCUUAAACGCUGGCUCGGUUAGUUGUUAACAUCCAUUUGUUACUGAUAACUAACAUAUGUGUCGAGCUGUUAUCAGAAACAUAUUGCUAUUAGUCGAGUCGGUUUACUCAAUGUAUGCUUUACAUGAGUUUCAUCAAACAUUCUCAGAUCACGAGGGCAUAAUAUGUGAGUUGUUUCAUUGGAAAAGUAGAUUAAAGCUCCCAUAGCGAUCUUAUUUAAGUGAGAAUCGUGCAUUGUCUAAAAUAAGAUAUGUAAUAAAAUAAGUUUUUCUUGCAAAAAAGUCGUUUUGUUCUUCUUAACCCACUGGACGCGUGCUUUAUAUUUGCACGUCGUCUAUAGUCUUUGUCAUAUGACAUGCAUGAAUUCAAAUUUUAGCUUUUUUGUCUUCGACUGCAAUCGGCAUUUUAUGCCUGACUUCUACUAGCCAAAAUGAACGCAAUUUACUUUUGGUCCACAUGGACUUUGCAUAAACGUAUUCGUUAGUUAAACAGUGACAUAAGCAAAGCUUUUGGCUAUUAAACGAUUUUUAUAUCUUUUAAUAGACCAAAUCAUUGAGAAGGUCCUUUCAAGUACGUUGUGCUUGUUUUUAGUUAUGAGCGAUUACAGCAAGCAGUUCCGAUACCAGUCGUAAUAUUUUUUGGGUGCUGAUGGUUUCUCAACAUAGUAGAGUUUCCUAAGCAGGCACAUGUAGAGCCCAGAAUGCGGUAUUUCACCUGAAUAUUUUUAACAAUUAGAAAAGCAAAUUCACAUGUCUGAUUUGUUUUCAUUGUUUUCGCAAAGUACACGAAUUCCAACGUUCAGCCUUCUACAACAGAGUGAAACCUAACAAACCCACCUGUUCUGAAUGAGUGCCCACAGAAAAUAACCGAUUCAUAUAGUCGCUAAUGACCGGGGCAGUUUAUUCAGUCAUCCUGGACACAUCUCCUUCUUAGGAUUUCGACAUAGUUAACCUCUACAGCAAUCGCAUUUGCGUAAACCAUUAAUUGUCCACUUUUAGUGAUCCAACCAAAGGAUAUGUAGUAAGUUUUUGCAGACCACUCCCGCGAGAAUGGGGUCUUCUAAAAUUUAUAUCUAGUUGCUAUAUUUGCGAAUAAUUCGAAGGACCAUCCGAGAAGUGAAGAAAACUUUCAAUCCACGCCAUCUGCCUUGGCUUGGUCAGAAGUGAUCAUCAGCUAAUAAUGUGCACUUGUUAAGAAGAAAACGCCGUUAAUUAAGAGGAAGCCCAGUAUCAAUGUGAGUGAAUUUGUACUGGUAGUAGCAAACACACAGAGUCCUAUUCAGAGCGGAGGCGGGUCGGGCGACGGAGUGGGCUUUUUGUCACGCAUAAAAAUACUACUGUCCAACCUCACAUAAAUGCUUGGGAAAAAACUCGGCCUUGCUGUGGCACUGCAGAGUACGGGAGGUAGUUAGCAAGAAAAGACACAAAUGCAAUCUUAAAACACUCUACUUCACUGUACCCUCGGUGGCAUGGAUGGCUUGGCCGUACUUUCUGAUUGAGAAUGUGUUGUAUCUACACGGUUGUUAUAUACCAGAAAACGUAUCCGGGGAAAAGUUACAAUUCUUACCAUGAAAACACGCAGGACCACUCAUGUGAGCCCUGAUUGUCAUAAGCAACAGUCGUCAGGGAUGGAUAGGCGGGUUUGACGCGAAUUGAAAAAAGCACGUCAGGGCGCGCAUUCUCGGGCCCACUCACGUAAGACACACAUGCAUGUGUGCGACACUAUUCCUGAUCAAUCCCCUUAGAAAGAAACAUGACUUAUUCAAAGUGUCAGCUAGGCAUAUAAGAAUGGUCAGCGUUGACUUUCGCUUUUACGUUUUAGAACUGCCAGCUUGAAUCCAUGCUGAAGGAUUUGUGUUAACAUUAUCUUAUUUCAAAUAAAUAAAGACCUCUGGAUAUAGUAUUGCCUCCGUUUUCACCACUUUUCAGCGUUUAUAAUGGCGGCGGGUUAUGAGGCGUAUUUAAAAAGGCUAGUAAACGAGUGGAUGAUUACAUGAAGGGGAACAAAUGAGAUUAAAUUAGUCUUUUAAAGCACUGUCACCACAGCGUCGGUUCUAAGGAAGCACUGACAGGACAGGCUCUGAGGCCCACUUAAGCAUUACAGUCUGCAGAUUUUUCUUCCUGUUCACAUCGGCCACAUCGUAAACAGUAAUAGAUUAUCAUAGUUUUUAUAGUUUAAGGCAGGGGAAAUGAGAAUAGCCAUCUUUGGUUAAUUUAUGUUCUCUAAUCAGACGUUUCAGCUGAAACAACGAAGGAAGCCCAGUUUGGAAUACUCUCCGGCGAGACCGAGCUAUCGGCGACACGAUCCUGAUUUACUGUGUAACUUUUUACCGGCUAAAUGCCUAAUUUCCGGUCUUCCUCGCCUGGAAGUAUGACCCGUCUGACUGAUGUUAAUUUGUUGCCAAGAUUGCAAUUUUGGUCCACCUACCCUCAUACGUACCUAUGUUUGCCAUGUCCUAUUUGGUGGUUGGCUUUGGGCCUGGAACGGAAUUGCAGGGCAGAGUGAAUAAAAUAAUGCAAAAUGGUAGGCGGCCUUCAUAUGUAACUCUGUCCGCUGCAGUAUCUAAGCUACUGAUAUCAGCAUGGUAGAUCAUUUUAAAGGUAUAUAUACAUACGUACAGUGAGUGUCGAUCCCAUUAAGUAUUAGACGAGAUUCUGAAAUGCGUUUUGUAACACUCAUUAUUGCGCGGCAUAUCCCUACAAUAUUUCGAACUUGCCAGGAUGAUGGUUUUUGAAUGUACCUCUUUUCGACCUUCUGCAGAAACUGUACUCGGUAAAAAUGGGUACUCAAGUAGUAUUUAUUUUCACAUCGAUUUUCGAUGGUCUAACUAAUUCAAAUAUAUUUUAUAGAAAGCAUGCACAAAAAUAUGCUUUCUUUUACUUCUUUGGUAGAAAAUCACGUUGACUUUCCAUUUAUACUCAAAUAAUGAAGGCAUUUUGGUCUCUAAAAUAGUUUCCUAUUAUGAGGUUAUAAAGACCGUGCUAUGUCCAUCCGUACAAUAUCGCACCUGUCCGUUUAUCAGUUCUCCUCAAAAAGUAGGUAACAUCUUCCGCGCGAAAUCGUGUAAACUUAGCACGACAUGUUCUUAAAGGCAUAGAGGAGUAUAUGAUUGUUUACGCAAAGUAAAACUCCUAUAGACUGAAAUCACGUACUGAAAUCAGUAUUGCAACGGCUAAUCGGGUUCAAAAUUAUUCAGGCGUCGGAAAACGUUCUCAAAGCCUAACUAUAGCCUUUUCAGUAUAAAAUGCGAAGGUGACUCGUUUUGCUAAAAACUUAGCAAAAUAAUGGAUACUUUGUGUAUGUUCUCUCUAAAAUAUAUUCGAAUCCGAAUGACAUUUGAAAGUCAAGGUGAAGAUGGGUAGUUAAUAUGUGGUCAUCAUACCGAGUGCAGUUUUCAUGAGUGGCCGCUAAAAGUUCGUCCAAAAUCCAACAUUCCUGCGAUUCUGAAAUACCAUAGGAUUUCGCCGUGAGGUUAUUAAUAUCACAAAUCCAUCAGGUAAUUCUCUUAAUAGAAAACGCAUUUCACAAUUUCGGCCAACAUCAUAAAAUCGGUCCCUCACUGCACACUCGCCUCACCCACCUUUACCAUCCACAUUGUCCACGCCAAUCCAAACCCAGCAUGGGCAUAUUUGGUAACAUGCGCAUUAGUGAAAUCCCGCGAUAAGUCGCCGCGGACACGACCACACGAUACAUCAACACAAUCCCCAUUCAUAAACGCCUCCAAGAUCCCACAUCACCAGCACCUUCCACGUAAGUGAGAAGUGUCGAUUCAAGUUCCUCUCCUCAUAUGGCUCCUCCGUUGCGCGUGAAAUCCGAGCAAUCAACUAACUUCUGUGUGCGUUCGGGGGGCCAGUUCGCGUGUUUGGUAUGCGCACACGAGCUGGUCUCAGCUCUGUCAGCCUCCCUCCCAAUCCUAACAUCAGGUGAUUGGCCGGCUCGGACAUUCGACUGAUGCCCGGAAUAUGGUAGAGUGAGCGAGGUCGACUCUCAGGGCAUAAUUCAUCACCAAAAGCAAUCCGGCGCGUUUUAUACAUCACAAUGUGCUAAAAUCCGCGAAUUGGACCUUCAGCACCGACCAUGCAGUCAGUCCAGCAGUGUGUUUGUGUGGGGUGGCCGACUGGUGGACUGAUUGUCAGGCUGCAAUGACCUAUUCGUAAGGUGUCACUGGCACUCUCACGCACGUGAGAUUCAUGCCGCCCACAUCGCUUUUUGUGGAAUCCCGGUGCUUGCGUGUGAAAAGGACAGACGAAAUCACAGGCUCUCUCAGACCUUGCACUCAAUUCCAGCAUCAGACGUCUGGUCCCCUCAAACAGCGAAAUGGCAUGCGAGAGUAGGAAGACAGAGGUCUAUAGUCUCAGCGCAUAAUUCCUCACCACAAACACUCUGUUGUCAUGUCCUGUUUAGGGGGCCAUCCAAGUCAGUCCUCCGGAAACUGGCUUUCGGAUAAUGGACUGUUAACUCUCGGGCGUGGCCAAAACCGGCUCAAAUGGUCUGCGCGCGCAAAUCAAGACAUGACUGUACAAGGCGGCAUCCAGGGGACAUUGCGUGUCAACUGGACGGCAUACAAGUAAAACAUGCAGUAUUUAUGCUAACUCGUGCGAUGCUAGCCGGAAAUCUGAAAUGUAUCUCCGGUCCAAAAGAUCACUUCCGUCCCGUCAGGAUGUCGGCUUAUAAAUAUACAGCUGUCCGGCCGCCCAAAAAUUGCACUCUGGAAUAAAGGGCUACUAAAGUAGGUGGAUUUUUUCAGAUUGAUUUCGAUGCCCCCAAAAAUUCUAGUAUGUUUUGUCGGAAUCUUGCAUGAAAUGUUCGUUGUUUUAUUCAUUUGAUAGCAAAUCACGUCUUCUUUAAAUUUUUAUAUUUGACGAUGGAGUAUUAUUUGGUUUCAAAAAUCCUCUUCAUUUUAUGAGUAAUUUUGAAGUUGACCGGCUUUUGCACUUGCAAUCCAGGCUUUCAGAAUUCAAGCUGCAUAUUUUGCGCAUAGAUGAGGUCAGAUAUUUAUAUGCGCCAUUACGAAGGUGUCGUACAGGGUUAUAAGCGUUUGCAUGGGUGUGGUCCAUAUUGAAUAUCCUACAAGCAGCAUUGGGCAUUAUAAGGAUGAAGUGCUUUACGAGUGGAUAUUUUACGGCUCUAUAAAUUUCAUAAUUAGAAACUUUUCUGAAAAACCGAAUGAUGCCAAAUAUUUAAGUAUGACAUUUGUAAACGGACAUGAUUUCCUACGAUAUGAAAAAAAAGAAUGAAUAUGUAUGUGCAGAAUCUCGUAAAAAUAGAUUUGAAUGUAUAAGGAUAUCCCAAAUCUGUGGAGAAUAGCCAUCCCGCAUAUGGAAACCUUUUUACGAAGUGUAAUUUUGCGGAUGGCUGGAAAGAAACUCGUCUAAAGGAUUUUUUGACGUGACUUAAAUAUUCUGGGAUUUUGUCGCAAGACAAUUAUUGAAAAAAUCCCAUUAAAGUAACAUUUUUGAGUUCAAAACCUAUUCCAGAAUUUCGGCAACAUUUUAUGAGGUAACACAUCUGUUUUACUCGUUGAUGACCAAUCAGCCAGCAGAAAAACCCAGUCCUUCGAUAUCAGCCCCUAGAAUUCACGGUGGUACGGACUUGCUGGAAAAAUCUGAAAAUGGGCUGAUUGAUAAUUGCGCAUUGCAGAAUAAUAGUGCUAAGUCUUAAGAGGUUUGCGAAUCUCCGCAUAUAUCGCAAUCAUAAUGGCUUUCUAAUAAUAUCGUCCUCGACGACGGCUAAACAAAUGCGUUUAUUUAUGUCUCUACAGUAUUUAUCCUGUGUGAUUCAGCCCUUUUACAUCCGUCGAAUGUCUUGGAACACAGAAAAUAAAUUGAAUCAUUGGAUACAGUUCGAUGUUCAAUUAACUAUUUCAGUGAUAGGAUUCCGCCAGCACGCGACACUCACAUUCUUCUGACUAUCCGAUUUUGUAUGCAGAGUUGAACCAGAUAUUAAGAAUUCAGUCUCGCCGCUCAAGCUUCAGUUGUUUUUAAUAGGGCAGUCGUCUUUUUUUGUUCACUGUACUAUUUCUAAAUACUGAUUAUUUAAUCUUGCCUUUAUGCCUUUGAAGGCAAGGGAAAAAGAAUGUUUACCCAGACGGUCAUAUUAAACAAUAAAUGUGAAGCCGAGGCCAGAGGUCCAGUCGAUAAAAACAGCAAUUUCAAACAGCCAUUCUAUUCACAAACGAUAUCAUCCAACAUUAAUGUAUUGCAAAACGAUCGCCCUUUAUGAUUGAAAGCGCAUACUAGAUAGGCACGGCGUAAUGCAAUCAAUUUCUCCGUGUCGCGAAAUAACGUGUGGUCGCCGAAUGAGUGACCUAUCUCAUUAAAUGUUGGCUGAAAUUCUGAAAUGCGUUUUCGAUUAGGAAGGAUUACUUGGUAGCGGUUGUAACACUGAUUAUCUUAAGGUAUACUCUUAUAACAUUUCGGACUCGGCAGGGUGUCGGCUUUUAAAUGCACUUCUUUUCAGUCUCCUGUAGAAAGCGUACUCGGUAAGAAAUGAUUACUUAAGUAGCAUGCAUUUUUCCCACUGAUUUUCAAUGGUCUUGGAAAUUCAAAUAUAUUUUAUAGAAACCAUAAACGAAAAUAUGCUUUCUUUUAGUUAUUCAAUAGAGAAUCACGCCUUCUUUAUAUUUUAUACUUGAGGAAGGAGUAUAAUUAGGGUUUUGCAAAGUUUCUAAUUAUGAAACUUUUUAAGACCGUGAAAUGCCCAUUCACAUAGCAUCGUACCUAGCCGUUUACCACUGCUCCUCAUGAAAUGUACAACAUGGUCCGCAUCCAUUGCAAAGUUUUAUGGACUCUGUAUGACAUCUCUUUAAUGGCAUGGAAAAAUAUGGGAUUUUCUUUACGCGGAACGCAUGCACCUUGUAGAUGGAAAUCACAAAGCGCUAAUGCAACGAAUGAUCAGGCUCCAAAUUAUUCGGCAAAUGGAAAGCUUUUUUAAAACCUAGCUAUACUCCUUUCUCAAGUAUAAAAUAUAAAGAAGGCGUGAUUCUCUAUUGAAUAACUAAAAGAAAGCAUAUUUUCGUUUAUGGUUUCUAUAAAAUAUAGUUGAAUUUCCAAGACCAUUGAAAAUCAAUGGGAAAAAUGCAUGCUAUUUAAGUAAUCAUUUCUUACCGAGUACGCUUUCUACAGGAGACUGAAAAGAAGUGCAUUUAAAAGCCGACACCCUGCCGAGUCCGAAAUGUUAUAAGAGUAUACCUUAAGAUAAUCAGUGUUACAACCGCUACCAAGUAAUCCUUCCUAAUCGAAAACGCAUUUCAGAAUUUCAGCCAACAUUUAAUGAGAUAGGUCACUCACUGUACGUCGACCGACUUUAUAGGUAUUCGGAAAUUCAGAGUGCAAAGGUUCCAUGCCCUGCACCUGAUUUAAACAUGUUCUGCAGGCAUUAUCCAAAUGACUCAAGUAAAUCUCCAAUGUUUACAGGACCAAAGUGCAGCGCAACUAUAGUAAAGACGUAAGCAGUAUGCGCCAGCGAGAUAAGCGAAGCAACCUAUGAGCACUGAGGUGAUCUAGUUAUUCAACCAGACUGCAGCCCUUGCCAGAAAAUUCAUGCUUGAGCGAGACAGCCUUUGUUCCCUCCAAUACUAGUUCACGGGAUUGAAUAUUAUUUACAAAAUUUAGUCUCCAAGAUGACCAGCAGAACAAAGCACACCAGAGGAAGUCCUCGCUCACAGAAUACAAAUUCAAGUGUGGAAGCCUAGCUCAUUCCUCGAUGAUGCCUUUUCUGAGUCGUUUUAACCGAUAACAUCAAAUCAAAAAACAGCUCUAGGACAAUUCUUAAUAUGAAGGUAGCGAUAACAUAAAAAUGAGGAGAGUACCUUUCAUAGCAGUCGAUCAGCGACAAUAAAAACAGCUGUGAGUUUACUGAACUUCCAUUGAUGCCUUCACGCUGAGUAGCCUUCAUAAGACUGAAUCGUUGAAUGGUAUUUCCUAGAACAGGCAUCUUGAACAAAGUGUAAGCAUCUAUUCGUGCGCGUUUUUAAUAUUUUUGUUUUGGACUUUCGUAAGUGGACAGAAUCUCGGCGCACAACCUGGUGGCAAUCCGCCAUUGCUUAGUCUUUCCCUGCAAAGUGGAAGUAAAAUUACCUGUGAGUUGGUGAUGCCCAAGAGAAUGGACUUUUUUAUUUCAUUGAAUCCGUCCAAAUUUGCUCAUAAGCAUUUUGUACAAUACAUUUCAUACACGUAUUUACUGAUUAGCCGAGCGUCUUGCGGUUACAUGACGUCUAAGCAAAACAUUUCACUGAUGAUAAGGGUCAGUUCAGCUAAAAUGAAUGUCCACUUGUAGACCCCCAUCAAAUUUGCAUUUGUAUUUGUGGAAAAAGCAACGAAAAGACUAAGUAGAUCAAAUUGACCGUUUUGGCUUAUUGGUCAUUGUUAGCUAGCCAUAAACACACCCAGGUUCGUGAGGCCUGGAAUGCAAACCUGCACUAAUUCGUCAUCAAGCUUUUUGUGUCCAUUAAUCCACUACUGAUAAUAGAGAAAUGACCAUCCUAGCCUCUUCUAUCUCUCUUUCCUGCAUAUAUUACUGGACACUACGCUAUUUCCAGAGGGAGUUUUAGAUGCACUUCUAAUGUGCUACGGAACGUGUACGUGUGUAGUCUAGUCGGUGGUGACUCUUUCUAUGCACAUGCAUUCUUGAACGGUUGGUGUGCUGAAUUUCGUUAUGCUCUUUCAUAAAAAGUUCAAUUAGAGACCGAGCAGAUAUUACCGUCACAAAAUCAACAAUUAUAUAGGACUUUCACCUACUUAUGUGAAUUUCAUAAUCCAGUAACGUUUAAAUUGUAUAGAUAAUAUUAUUAUUCAAAAAGUGCAUGGGGUAUCUAAAGAUUGUCUUUAAAAUUAACGGAGGUGGCGAAGUCUCUAUAUUCUGCAAUACGAACUGUCAUAAAAAUGCAUAAGUCCUUAUCGACAUGUGGUCAGCAACGAUUUUCUGGUGUCAUCUGCAGAGGUAGCAGUAAUACCUACGUUCAUUUCUUGAUCUGCUUAACAACUUAAAAUGCGUUUUCGACGCCGCAUCAGAAAAAACUUCUUCAGCCGUCCAUGAUGAGUUUAUUAUUGGACAUGCGUGACAACUUUAAUUGCGCGAGUUUACUUCCUUCUAUUGUUUUAGUCUUCAGGAUUUCAUCAAUCGCCACUGGCAACCCCGAAGUGAGGGAUUAGGCGACGGUGAGUGGCUGGAGCCGUUGCAAUCCCAUCAUUCGGUCUAUCAUACUUUUUAAUAAUGAGACGAAUAAAUCCUACUAACUGGAUGGGGGGGGGGGAUUGUUUGGACAGAGCACCCCAAGCUUCAAUCACUCUGUUGGAGAAGAACUCCCGUACGUCCAGCCUGGUUUGUUGUGGCUGAAGAUUCACAGAAGUCACCAGGUACAAAAUAGCAGCCCUGAGGAAUACCUCUAUCAGACCGCCUCCUAACUCUCUUUAACUCAGAGGUAAUAUAUUAGGAAUAGUUACGGUAUUUCGGAAGGUAAUGAACUCUGUCUACUGGCGAGUUUGUUUGCACGCUUUUGAACUUUUUUGGAGGAUGAUGAGGCCUGUGGCGGCCCAGAGUUUCCCUGCUUAAAUGGCGUAAUCUAACUGUGGCCGCACAAACGUUCGAAAGCCUUUAGCGAAACGAUCCUCAUCUGAAAUAGAGAGUGCUCGUUUGACAGGGCAGAGAGCUGACAUCGCGGACUUAGCUAUUUUUAAAGUGUGCAGCGACGGUUUAAGUGAGGUCGUGACCCACAUGCCCAAGUCCUAAUGGGCGUCAAUAUGCUGUAAUGGUAAACCCUGUUAUUUGGAGGUCGGGUUCCACUGACUCGAAGAGUCUUGCUCUUGCUUACAUUGAACGGCAAAAGCCGUUCUUCUGAACAUUGCUCGAGCUGUUUCAGAUUUGCCUGCAAACGUUUUCGUCAAAUUCACUUCGGAUGACGCUCCAAAGCUUACCAUUAUCAGCAAACGGAUUGGCAUCACAAUUCAGUUCACUGACGCAGUCGGCGACUUAUAUAAUAAACAGGGCAGGACCAAGAACGGGGCCUUAAAGAACACCGCCUUCAACCUUUAUCCCUGUCGACUGUCUGUCAUCGACAUGGACAACUUGAAAGCGGCCGAUUAAGAAGCUCUGAAUAAACCUCGGGAGGCCACACCUAAUGCCUGUUCGGAUAAAUUUAUACAUAAGUCGCUGAUGUGGUACACCAGCGAAUGUCAUCUUAAAGUCGAUGUGGACCGCAUGCUCUGCGUGCCCUGCAUAAACUGCCCAGGCUCAGCAUUUCAAACGGUAAAUCAGGGUUGUCAUGCAUGAUCUGCAUAUGCAGAAUCUAUAUUGGGCGUCGCAUAGCAGAUUAUGCUGUUCUAGGAGAGGCGUUAACUCUCCUUUAAUUACUUCUAUUCAUGACAAUGCAGCGGAUUGAGCUAAGGCUGGUUGGUCUGUAGUUUUCUGCUGAGACCUUGCUACGGCCUUUAUACAGUGGUGUAAUCUGUGCAGAUGUCCAGUCAGCGGGUAAAUAAUCCACUUCCAACAAGACUUGGAAGAGCAUGGAUAACGGUUUGGAUAGUUCUCCAGCGAGCUCCUUCAAAUAUUUAGGCAGUAUGGCAUCAGCCUAAGUAAUUUCUUGCGAACAAUAGCGUCAGCGAAAGAAACAGUCUCAACCUUUGGGCAUUUCACUAAGACGCAUUCGAAGGAAUAGAUGCGCUUUCCCUCGUAAAGAUGGACGUAGAAAAUUGCGUAUGACGCUCUGUCUUUGCUCCAUCUUCACUAAGCACUAUAUUAUCCCAAGCGUUCUAUAUGGGGAUUGAGUCUCUCUUUCGUGUAAUUAUUCCUAAGUAACUAAAGAAUAACUUCGGAUCUUCUACGGCCGGAUUCAGCGGGCCUUUCUCGAAAGCAGGCUGUAUCCUGAGGAUUAGUCGCCUAACUAUGUUUUUCUGUGCAAUGUAGGCAUUUAUCGACACAGACUUCACAUCCAAGGGGAAUUUCCUCCACGACCCCGUUUUUAUUCACUUCUUUUUAAAGCUUGCGCUAGCCAGGCGUGAUUUGUUGUUCAGUUUCCUCCGUGAAAUCGGACAGUGGUCUCUGAGAAGAAUGUGCAGUAGGUCACUGGAUUAGUCCCAACCCUCGACUGUCUUUCCGGAAAAAGCUGAUUUCCAGCAUAAGUUGUUUAUUUUAGCACUCAUUUGACCAAAAUCGCAACGCCAGUAGGUCUUUCUUUAAAAUACGCUGUGUUUCGAGGAGAAGUCUUUUAACUAGGCGUCUAUACGGUUUGUACGCAUUUGCCGGCACAGUCCCUAUUCGUUUGAGGUUCCCUCUACAACCUUCGCUUUUUGUUCACUUUUUUAGCACUUGUGUCAGCCACUGGGGUGUGCUGCUCAGUCCCUUUCGUGAGACAUAAUACUGAUUUCUGAGAACCAGUGGCUUCUUAACCAGCCAAAUCGUCGGCUCUGUUGCUGAAAAACGCUGAUUCCCAGUUUGUGGCGUAUAUUUCGGCUUUCACUCGAUCGAAGUUGUCGCGCCAAAUAUUUCUCCCAACUCUGGCCGGUCGCUUGAACACAGAAAAGUUGCAAUACUCCUACAGCAGUAGGAUGUGGUCGCUUCGACCUAAGGGAGGCAGAGACCUCAUCAGUGCCGUCCAGAAAUUUCGCGAGCAUCAGAUUCAGACAUUUUGCCUGUUGCCUUUCACGUGCCGGAAAACAGGAUGCGCUGAGUGUGAAAUAACUUGAGCGUCAGGUCUAAUAAAUGCCGGUCAAAGUCAGGGUCUGGACGGGGUGCUUAGACUGAACCCCAGUCACACUUAUGGUAACCUGUUUUGUCUGCAACUAUUACACCGUGUGUAGCUCAUGUGAGAAUGCCCCUUUCCUGUGGCUGCUCGAAGCAAGGCUCUGCCUAGCGGCCACAAUCCGGUCACCGACUGGACCGCCGGGUUAAAAUAGGUGAAAUAUCUGGUGUUGUGUGUGUGUCCCUACACACGUUAAUUCCUCAUCUCAUUCCCGUCCCUCUCUACUCUUUUCCUCACACUUCAUCCCCUCCCCUCCCUCUCAUUUUCUCCUUCUUUUUCCACUUCAAAGUGUCCAAUGGAGAAGGAGACGUUAAACCACUUAAGCGGUCCAGGCUAACUCGUGUGGCUCUCCCAAUAAUCAAACCUCGACCCACAGUGGAGCUCUGCAGCCAUCUGAGGAUGCCUAAGCAGCCUAACUGAAGGACAGCUUUGCUUACCCCUCGAGGCGGGCGUGGCCAGAAAAGGCAAAUGCUGGGAUUAAGUCAUCUGCACGCAGACUACGGCUCGAAGAUGAAGGACUCACGGUCGAAACCAUCAAGUAAACAACAGCCCACGUCCCUAUGUCCUCCCACCCCGACUCACAGGAUGCUUUGGUGGAUACACUCACUUUCUCAGCCUGAAAUGCUCGUUCCCUUUUAGAAAAGCUGAGGAGCAGUCGACGGAGACGGAGACGCUCAAAACGUGGAUAUCGCUGCUCUCAGGGAGACCAGCUUCUCCGAACAGGACCAACUGGACUAGGUGCCGGCUACACCUGGUUCUGGAGCGUCUGCCCAGAGUUAGAGAGACGCGACACAGGCCACUCGUAUGACAUUGUAGGACGACUGUCCUGUCUAUCGCAGUUCGUAAACAACAGGCUCAGGAGCCUGCGCCUGCCUCUAUUUCCCAUCACUCAAGGCGGUCUACGGAUACUUAACCAACGCAACCACGACAUAUAUCAGUUCCGACUAAACAACGCUACUGACGGGAAAUCAGAGAUUCUGGAGCGUUUGGCCGAGCACUACAGAAACCUCCUAAACCAUCCCUCCACAGUCGCUGUCGCCGCCAUCGACCGACUCCCUCAAAUGGAAACGAAUAAUGACCUGGAUAUGUCUCCUCCUCUCCCAAAAAACAAUCACUGCGUACACCAACUGUCCAGCGAAGAAGCAUCGGAAUUUGACGUGAUUCCGGCCGAAGUUUACAAGAACGGCGCUUUCAACUCGUGAGUCAACUCACAAUGUUGUUUCAGGCGAUGUGGCGCCGAGAACCAAGUCUUCGGUGUUUCAAGGAUGCGAAAGUCUUCCAUCUCAAUAAGCGGAAGGGGGACCAGCAUUUGUGUAAUAACCAGAGAAGAUUCUCGGUCUUCAAAACCAACGGGAAUAUCUCCGCUCGCAUCCUCCUCAACCGGCUCCCUGAAGGUCGGCGUGGAUCUCGACGCCACCGCGGAACCACCGACAUGA